GGGGGCGGACGCUCGCCCGCAGCAGCCCCACUGCCCGAUCUGCGCUCCAGCUGGCUCUCUCAUUUUCGGACCCCCGCUACUCUCCCCACCCAGAUCCCGAUCUGCACUCCACAUGCCGGCUUGGGGCCCCGCCCUCGCCCUGGCUGCCCUAAGCCUAAUCUGCCUCCUGGUCCGAUGGCUGGGGCGAUUCACUGACCUUACCAGAAAGGAGCCGGGACACAGGAAAGAGGAGGAAGCGAAGGAAGAGGCUGUGGAGGAGGAAGAGGAGGACGAGGAGGAAGAAGAGGAAGAGGAUGAAGAGGAGGAGGAGAACCCAGCCUUUUGGGACGGCUUCAGUAAGGGCCAGGAACUGGUGCCCGGGGGCUGCCGUCUCAUCUUCAAGCGCUCCGCCCUGGCACACUGUCUCCUGCGCACCUUCCGCAGGUCGGUGGCCCUGAGCGAGCCUGCCCACAGCUCGUGGUUCUCAGGGCCCCAUCUACAGACCUUAUACCAUUUCAUGCUUCCGGCAGGCCAGGGGCUCCAGCUGGCCCGGGAGAACCUACAGCUGGCGGACAAUGGGCUGGUGGCCCUGGACUGGGUGGUGGGGCCUUGGGCCCCCAGCCCUCAGGUAGUGACUGACGCCUACAGCUCCCCGCCGAUCCUGCUGGUCAUCCCCAAUUCCUGGGGUCGCCUCACCCGCAACGUGGUGCAGCUUUGCCUCCUGGCCCUGGAGAAAGGCUACUACCCAGUCAUCUUCCACCGAAGGGGCCAUCAGGGCUGUCCCCUGCUCAACACCCAGCUUCAGACAUUCGGGGACCCCUCAGAUCUCAAGGAGGCGGUCACCUACAUUCGCUUCAGACAGCCAGCUGCGCCACUGUUCCUGGUCAGCGAGGGCUCAGGCUCGGCCUUGCUACUGUCCUACCUGGGCGAGUGCGGCUCCUCCAGCUACGCUACGGGGGCGGCCUGUAUUUCGCCCGUGCUCCGCUGCCGGGAGUGGUUUGAGGCUGGGCUGCCCUGGCUCUAUGAAAGGGCCUUCCUGCUGCACCAGAAAAUCACUCUUAGCAGAUAUGCUACAGCCUUAGAUGACAUAGUGGACACGGACAAACUUUUUAUGAGUCGUUCCCUGCGAGAAUUUGAGGAGGCCCUUUUCUGCCGGACCAAGAACCUCCCUAUCAGUUGGGACACCUACUGGGGUGACAAUGAUCCCCUCCGGGAUGUGGAUGAGGCUGCUGUGCCUGUGCUCUGCAUCUGCAGUGCUGAUGACCCUGUGCGGGGCCCUCCAGGCCAAACCUUGCCCACUAAACUCUUCCAGAACAACCCUUACUUCUUUCUCCUGCUCAGCCGCCAUGGGGGCCACUGUGGCUUCCUCCGGGAAGACUCUUCCCCAGCCUGGAGCCAUGAGGCUACCCUGGAGUAUUUCCAGGCUCUGACCGAAUUCUUCCGAUCAGAAGAGAGGGUGAAGGGGCUGUCCCGCCACCGUUCCUCAUUCUUGGCAGGCCGCCGUCGACGAUUUACUCUACAGAAGAGAGAGGUAGCACCGACCUCCCCUCGGCUUGAGGAGAUGUUUAGCUGGAAGCGGUCAUAUACAAAGUGAGGUCCACGGAGACACCCCCACGUUGUUCCUGCCCCUGAUUCUAAUGCCUCAUGGGAAAAGGAAGCUGACUGCUUCUGUUCAUUAGCUCAGAUCUCAAAUGGAAGAUGAUGCCAGUAUGGAAAGGAACCCUUGGAGCAGACAGCCACCAUCCCUCUGUUUAGCCACCUGGUCUGCCAGUGGGGAUGGAACCUACAGAAAGUCUUCAGGGACUUGUUCCUAUGUCCUCAGAGGUAGCGGUCCCUGCUUGGGUCAUUCCAGUUCACCCUCUUGUAUACAACAUGUCUAUUCUGGCCGCCAUCUUUUCCCAUCAUCAUGGAUCUCAAAAGCCAAAGAAGGGCAUGCAUUUACCAGAUAGGAAAGUGAUAGGUAAAGUGCCCUGCACCAGCAAAAGCAGCUAUUUUCUUAGAAGUAUCAGUAAGGCCACACAUAGAUGUCAUAUCCCACAUGUGGUGUCCUGUAACUGAUUCUGAGGCCAGGACUCAGCCCUUUAGUCACUUGGUAGAGAGAACUACAGAGCCUUAAAUGCAAACAUCCUGUGUUUAUGAAGUCCCACCCCAUUCCCUCUGGCUGGAAAGACAUGUUCUGAAGACAGUAGCUGUUUCAGGCUGGUAUACAUAAGCCCUUCAUCUGUAUCAGUACCGCUCCUGUGUCAGAGAAAUAGAAACAGGGUCUACAGGCAGUCAUGAAUUCUGGCCUGUAGACCACCUCUUCUAAGCCUUGAACAUGAUGAGGAGUGGGAGGAGAUGUGAAGAUCGUAGACAAGAAGCUUUUCCUUAAGUCUGCUCUUAUCUCCAAUUUCAGACUUUUCCUUGCCAUUCCCCUCCUGGAAAAAUUGGCCAUGACGAGCUGACAAAGAAGAAAACAGAGAGUAAGGAACAUAGGUGCCUGUCUCAGCAGCAUAAAAACCCACAGUUGAGCUGGGGAGGAGGGGUCAGAGCAGGUCCCUGGGAUGGUGCCAGGGCUAAGGAAUCCUCAGGGUUGAAGACAGCUGGGACUUCCUUAAGUGACCCAGCUUCUCAGAGAUGCUGAUAUGUUUUCAAGUACCUUUUCCUAUAUCAGGCCAUGACUGCUCGACUCCAAAAAAGCUGGACCACAAACUCCCAUUUCCAUCUUGCGGGCUGUUUAAAGGUUUGUAUUGUUUUAUGUGAGGAUGGAAAAACAGACUCAAAAGCCUCUGUCUUUUCUCUCUAGGGUUUUCUGAACCACUAGCCUAUUUCCAGACGUGAACACUAGAGAUUUUCCUCUAUUCCAGGGUCAGGGAAAGGGAGAAGUAUCACAUGUACUGUGAGUGGAAAGGCUAGAAAGGAGGAGGUUGCUGCCUACCCAGCAUCCUAUUAAUACUCGAUUUUAUCUUUUUCUUUUCUUGACCAGUUGUUUGAAAGUCCAUUCACACUGAAUCUAGGACUGCUUGGAGGUGCCUCUGCUUUCUCUGAUAUAUAAUCACUCAUCACUGAAGGGAUGGUUAGCUUUGUGGGGGAGGUGAAUGAGAUGAGUCCUAGACCACAGACGUGAGGACACCCCUGUUUAGGACGAGGAACAUAGCCCACAAGGUACAUCAAAGGAUACCCUGCUCCAUGUUUGACUAAGACACAAGGCCUCAUGACUCAUGGUUUUAUUUGAACCUGCCUGUGUACUCACACUGGGCCAGAGAGUAUUUAUUCAGAUGUGACAAAGCCACAUCCUCAUCUAAUAAGCAACAAAAGGGUUUUACAAAGGGAUACAACAUUUGCCAAAAGUCAUGUAUGGCUCAUGGCCUAGCGUCUGAUAUUCCUACUGCCAGAAUUUCAGAUCUGCAGAUCACAGUAGUGCCAGCAAUCUGUCUAGGCCUAAGAAACACCUCCUGGGUUCAGAUGUAGAAAAGGCUUGAUUGUUUGAGAAGAAUCUUGUUUGGGGAUUAUGUAGGUCCUUGCAUGCUUCCUCUUCUUCCUCCUCUCCCCCUGCUUCCCCCCUCUGCUUUAUCAUCUCCUAACCUUCAGCCAGCACCAGUAAAGGCAGGGAAAAGCAGGUGAACUAUAAAUCCAACAAUGCUGAGGCACAAAUGUUGCUUUGUCAAAAGGCUGGGUGAGAAGGCAGACGGUCAAGCCCAUGCCGUAGCCCAGCACGGUUCUAUGCCCAUGGCAGGUGCUCAAAUACUUCAGUGAAUGAAUGAAUCAGCAUUUCCCCUAUUGAGACUUUUUUUUUCCUCUUCUUGGCAACCAGUAAUUCAGAGCUGGGUGCAAAGUCAGAAAUAGCCUGGUAGCUUUAGCAUUGAGAAAAGCUCAUGCAGAUUUUGUGCCCCACCUCCAAAGGCUAUAGUUGUAAUAAAUCAGAUCUUCUAAUUGGUUGGGUUGGGUUUUUUUUUUUUUGAAGAGGAGAAGAAUGAGGAAAAGGAGAAAGAGGAAAGGAGGAGGAGAGAAUAGGAAAAGAGAAGGUAGGAUGGGUGGCUGAAAACAGAAAAGAAGCAGUUACAAUUGCCUUCAGGUUUCUCAGGUAUUUGCAGUGACAAGUCAUCAGGACAAAGUCCAAAGACAGUGUGAGGUGAUCCAAACACCGGCAGCUCUCAGUGGGGAGUCAGGAGGACAUAGGUCCAAACCUCAGAGCUAGGAGUUAUUUUCAGGUCCACUCAGUUCCACUGGGGCCCAGAGAAAGGAAGUGGGAAAGCCUUGUAUUACCUCAGAUCCUGAAACCAUUCACACUAGCUUGCCAACUGCACAACUUGAGGAAGUUGUCUCCUUUCCAUAUCUCAGGAUCCUGGUAUCUUAUAGCAGGGGUGUGGAACCUGUGGCCUUGAGGCCACAUGUGGCCCUCUAGAGCCUUAAGAGGGGCCUUUUGACUGAAUCC